AUGUCAUCCAGACGUCCAACGCGGAAGGUGUCCCGUGCUAACGGGGCAUCGUCUCUUCCGACCCCGAUCCCCUCGAGCCGCACGACCCCCCUUAGCUCUGCUUAUCCGUCUGCAUAUCCCUCAGAGGCCGAGCAUGAAGCGGAAGACGAGGUUUCCAAGAUCCCCAUUCAUUCAUUGACGCUCUCCGAGUCUAGUCUGGGGCAUGCUACCACGGUGGAGAAAGGGCCAAAGAAUAAGAAGCCGUUCCCCUUUCUGGACUUGCCUGCAGAACUGCGCAUCGAGAUCUAUGCCUACUACUUCAAUGACAUCGACUAUGUCAUCGACCUUGACCCUGAUAACUACAAACGCAUCCACAAAAAGCUGGGCAUUUUUCGGACCUGCAAAACCAUAUACAACGAAGCCUCGCAAGUGUUCUAUGGCAUGCACACGUUUCGCCUCUUCCCUACGCACCCCGGGCGUUUCUUCAAGACGAAGAAACCCCUUCUUGCGCGGCUGAAUGCCCGUCAGCGAGGCUGGAUCAGGUCGCUUGAGCUGCGUCUGGGUCCUGGCUGGAAUAAGCCGCCUCGCGGCUGGGUCGUCAACUCGGCUUUGGGACUUGCCGACUGCAUCAAUGUCCGCAAGCUUACCGUCUUCGUCGAGUGCGACCCCAGCGACGGUGUCUUUAACGGGUUCCGUCGGGCUGACGGCUUCUACGAGACCUUCUCCAGAAACCUGCUCCGCGACGUGCUCAAUGAGAUGCCUUUUCUUGAUUGUGUGCAUUUUGACGCCUGGUCCAGCGUUAAGAAGUCUGGAGCCAUGAUGACCGGCCUUCUUGGAGUCGCGGCCGCUCACGGGAAGAGAAUCGGGUGGGGCCCGGAGCGGCAGUGGAGCGAUCGCGAUGAUCUGGACGAUGUUAUGCUGCCACACGCGGUUGCUGCAACCGCUCCGUUUAACGAAUUGGGAAUGGGCGUUGUUAUUGUAGCCUGA